AUGGAUGAAUUAUUUGAAUAUAGCGAUGUAAAUUCUUUUGAUACAUUGAAUUCUAAUUCCACAAAGAAAUCUUUCGAUGAAUUAGAAGAACGGGAAAUUCAAAAAAUUUAUGAAGAUUUAGUAACAGCUCUAUACCUUAAUCGUAAUGAUCCUUGCAAACCACAUGACCUUUUAAAUAGGGGUGAAGUAAUGCAUGAUAAAAGGAUGUCUUCCGAACAAACAUCUGAUUCCGAUAAAUCUGAUGAUCCUGGACUAGUUUUCGAUGAAAAUAAUAAUGAUACAAUUUGUUUUAAUCCUAAUGAAUGGACUAUUCAAGAUCCUUCAUUAUCAAAAAGGAGACCUCCGAAAUUAUGUGAAUUUCUUCAUUUGCUUCUUAAUAAUUCACGUUAUACUUCAUAUGCAUCUUGGAUAAAUCAAUAUGAAGGUCUAUUUAAAAUUCAUGAACCAGCAGAAGUUGCUAGCCUUUGGAAAAAAGUUAAAUUACGACAAACCCAGCGACUAAUGAAUUAUCAUACGUUUUCACGGAGUAUUCGGUAUUAUUAUAAGUCCGGAUCGAUGGUGCAAACACAUAGAAAACAUACUUAUCGUUUUGCUAAAAAAAAAACCUUUUGA